GACUUCAUCUUCCCUUCGAUGGGUGCCAAUGGCAUCAUGCAGCCUGGACAGCCUCUCUCCCAUGACACUGUGCAAAAGUGGAUUGACGAGGCAACGACAGGUGCUGGCAUCCUAGGCUGUGCCCAGUAUUGGUUUAUGUUCGCACCGGUUGGUCAGCGGUGGUCACUUGCCAUGGUUCGAUGGUGGGGAGGAUGGGCUGAUUGUGAACAGACCGACUACAGUGAUGCCCUCGCUCCUUUCUCCCGCGAAGCUGAAUCCUCCCUUGCAGGCGAAGCAGGCACUCAUGAGGGCCAGCAUCCACUGAGGAGCUGCGCCAUGGUUCAUGCAUCCGUGACCGCAGAUAUGCAGUCAAACGACUCGCUUCGGUCACUCACCAGCAUGGUCCAGGCCACUUCAAGUUGCCUGAAGGCUGCCUGGACACCUACCUCCAACACAGCUCGAAGAAGAUCCCCGCUUCACCCUUCUCCGAGUCCUCCGCAUCUGGCAGUGCAGAAGAGCCAUGGCCACGCACACAUCACUCCAACUACUCGACCACUGCCAUCUGCUGCUGCGCACACAGCCUCGACUCAACAACUUCCAAGCAACGGUCUUGUCAUUCCACGGCUGCCACUCGUCCGUUCGAACGGGUUGAAGACUCCGAAGGCCGAGUCCUGGAGGGACAUCAUCACGCACUGGCUCGUCGGUGACCCCGACAGAGGGUUGAAGACGCCACUCAAGGACUGGCCGCAGGAGUGGUACCAAGGCCCGAACCGGAAGCUCGCAAUGCAGUACCAGAACAGGGCCGUUGUUGCGCGCGAGUUCAUCAACCAUUACCAGUCAACGAAGCCCUCUUCCUUGCAGCCUACCCAGAAGCCGAGCGGGGACACACCCCACUGCUUGCAGCCGUCAACAAGGCACGGGCUGCACGAGGAGAGCGUGUCCGUCGCAAAAUGACACGAGGACUCUCACUUCGGAACCAUACCACUACUGCCGCCCACUCGAACGCUCGUAACUUGUAAGUACUAUA